GAAAAAUAAAAUAAUGUCAAUAUUUUGGGCUGGUUGUGGAGAGGACGAGCGGCCGGCAGCGUGAGUGCCUUGUGUCAGUGUGCACGUCUCCCAGCUGUGUCCUGUACCUUGCCCUGCCGGGACUGCAGCCUUCUCACUAUGACCAACGAAAACGUACCCAGCUCGGGGGAUGGGCCUAGUAAGAAUGCCUUGAAGAAGGCUCAGAAGGCUGCAGAAAAGGCAGCCAAGAAGGCAGAGCACAAAGCCCAGAAUGCAGCAGCAAGAGGUGAUACAGAGGAAGGUGAAGGAGAGGACUGUUCCAAGGACCUGUAUGGAAACUUGCCCAUGAACAGGAGCCAAGAGAAGCGGCCGGUCACUCACAUACCUCUCAAAGAUAUUGGCCGCAACCUUUCCAACCAAACAGUUACUGUCCGGGCUCGCCUCCACACCAGCCGCGGCAAAGGGAAGCAAGUAUUUUUUGUUCUCCGAAGCCAAGCCAGCACAGUACAAUGUGUACUUUGUGUUGGAGAGAAGGUGUCCAAACAGAUGGUCAAGUUUGUCUGCAACAUCACCAAAGAGAGCAUCAUUGAUGUAGAGGGCAAGAUUGUGGCCACAGACCAGAAGGUGGAGUCCUGCAGCAUCCAGGACGUUGAGCUUCACGCCACAAAGGUGUUUGUUGUCUCUGCCUCCUUACCGCGACUUCCACUUCAGAUUGAGGAUGCAAUGCGACCUGAAGAUGAUGACCCCGAGGGCCUACAGAUUAAGGUCAACCAAGACACAAGGCUGGACAAUCGCAUCCUUGACCUGCGCACCCCUACCAAUCAGGCCAUAUUCAGGCUGGAGGCUGGAGUCUGCCAUCUCUUCAGAGAAGCUCUUAGGGCUCAGAACUUUGUAGAGGUUAUGACCCCCAAGCUUAUAUCUGCUGCCUCAGAGGGUGGUGCAAAUGUCUUUGGCAUGAGGUAUUUUGACAAAGAUGCAUUUUUGGCACAAAGUCCACAGUUGUACAAGCAGAUGGCCAUUGCUGGUGACUUUGGCAAAGUCUUCACCAUAGGACCCGUCUUCCGUGCAGAGAACUCCAACACGCACCGUCACCUGACAGAGUUUGUGGGGCUGGACUUGGAGAUGGCCUUCACCCACCACUACCAUGAGGCACUCAACACCAUUGGAAACAUGUUCACCGAGAUUUUCCGAGGCCUGCGUGACAAUUAUGCAGAUGAGAUUGCAGCAGUAAACAAGCAGUUCCCAGCAGAGCCCUUCAAGUUUCUGGAUCCCCCAUUGAUUCUUGAGUAUAGAGAGGGUGUGGCCAUGCUGAAGGAGGCUGGCAUUGAGAUGGAGGAGACAGAGGACUUGAGCACCCCCAAUGAGAAAUUCCUUGGGCGGCUGGUGAAGGCAAAGUACGACACAGACUUUUACAUCCUGGACAAGUUCCCUCUGGCAGUGAGGCCAUUCUAUACCAUGCCAGACCCCAGUGACCCCAAGUGGAGCAAUUCCUAUGACAUGUUUAUGCGUGGAGAAGAGAUCCUGUCUGGAGCACAGCGAAUACACGAUGCAGAGUUCCUAGUGGAGAGAGCCAAUGCACACAACAUCCCCAUUCACACCAUCCAGUCCUACAUAGAUUCCUUCAAGUAUGGAUGUCCACCCCAUGCUGGAGGGGGAAUUGGGCUGGAGCGAGUCACCAUGCUAUACCUUGGCCUGGACAACAUCAGGAAGUCAUCCAUGUUUCCUCGUGAUCCCAAGAGGCUCACACCCUAGACUCGUUUGUUCCUCCAGGUUUUUUGAGUUAGUUACUCUGAUUUCAAUUUAAUUUUCUAAGGUACUUAUCAUAGGUGUGUGAGGACACAUUUAGGGAAACUUACAUCCUUUUCAAUAUUUAUAUCCCUGAAUGCUCCUCACAUUCAGACCUACCAAGUAUUGAGCACUAGUUUAUGGUGUAACUCCUUUCAAGAACAUCCCAAACUGCUCACAUAAUGGUAAUCAAGACUUAAUGGCCUCCAUCACCACAUGAUUGAUGAGUAGGUAGACUGGAGUCACCACAAUGGGAUUUGUGAGCAAAAAACUGUAUUAGUCAGUCUGGACAUUUCUUAUGACAAGCACAUUGUUAAAUAUAUGUUGAAUGUAUUUAUACAUUUUAUAAAUUAAGAAUGACCUAAACAUUUUAUGAGGAGGAUGGAUGAAUGAGACAUACUGUAAGUGCCUCACAAGAUGAUUGACACAUGCUGGUGUUGACUUAUCUUUCUUCUCUGCUUUGAUUAAUUUAAUGUGUACAAAAUAAUUUUUCCUGUGAGAAUGAACAUCAAUUUACCAAACACCGAGCGAGUGCUCAAGUGGCUUCCUACAUAAACUAUUUUGUUUUUAAA